ACGAGUCAUUUAUGGGUGAAAUUAGACACACUGGCUCCCAGGGAGGGCCAUGGGUCGCUAGUGCCAGACGAACCUGGGUCUCUUCAAACACUUCACCGCCCUAAACCCACCCCGGUGGGGCUGGCUCCGCGCUGCCUCACCCCGCUCCGCCUCACCCCGCUCCCCACCUCAGCUCCUUCCCCAGCCGGGAGCGGCGCCUCUCGGGGCGGCGCAGGCUGCGGCUUCCCCUGCUCGCACCGCCCUGCUGCCUCAUUUCCUGCAGCCCCGGCGGCCGAGGAAGAGGAAGAGGAAGGCUUGCCGUGAACCCAUCCCUGGCAUCCAGCCGCUCGGCCCCGCCGAGCUGCCCCCUGCCCUCCGAGAUGCCGGCUUACCACUCAACUUUAAUGGACUCUGAUACCAAGCUAGUUGGGAACAUGGCGCUGUUACCCAUCAGAAGCCAGUUCAAAGGCCCAGCGCCCCGGGAAACUAAGGAUGUAGAUAUUAUAGAUGAAGCCAUCUACUACUUCAAAGCAAAUGUUUUCUUCAAAAAUUAUGAAAUUAAGAAUGAGGCUGACAGAACACUGAUCUACAUAACUCUCUACAUUUCUGAGUGCUUGAAAAAGCUGCAAAAGUGUAACUCCAAAGGCCAAGGAGAGAAGGAGAUGUACACACUAGGAAUCACAAACUUCCCAAUCCCUGGGGAACCUGGCUUUCCACUUAAUGCAAUUUAUGCCAAACCUACCAACAAGCAGGAGGAAGAGGUGAUGAGAGCCUACUUGCAGCAGCUCAGGCAAGAAACUGGUCUUCGGCUUUGUGAAAAAGUAUUUGAUCCUCAGAGUGACAAGCCUAGUAAGUGGUGGAUCUGCUUCGUGAAGAGACAGUUCAUGAACAAGAGUCUGUCAGGUCCUGGGCAGUGAAGAGGCAAAGCAGCAACAACAUUAAGCAUUUCCACAGGAACAUGUGUAAAGGAUUUUGCCUUUUUUUUUUUUUGGAUAUGUUUUGUACCAAGGAAGAAUUAAGUGCUUAUGAAGAAAAAAAUAAUCAAUGAGAGGUAAAAAGAAGUUAAAGCAAAAAGAUCAUUGAGUACUGUAAGCAAAUAUUAAGCUGGUGCUUAAUAAAAGAUUUCUAAUGUGCUGUUUCAGAUGCAGGCUGCUUUAUUAUCAGUGGUUACAGCUAGCAUUUAAAACAGGGCUUUUGUUUAAACAGGAGAAAUGUGUGUGCCUGGGGGCGUAUGUAAUUGCUCUGCUGGCUAGAGUCUCAGUAUCACGUGUUAAAGUACAAUGAUUUUUACCUUUUUUCAAUAAACUUAGCUUGUAAUUAAUGUGAUAACUGCUUUAUGUCUUAUGGAUAGCUUUCAAAGAAAUAAAAUCAAAAUUUUGG